GAAAUGAAUACUUGUACCAAGUACGCUACGGCAAGCAAUCUAACCCAUUCCAUUGGAAUGUAGAUAUUACACAUAGUAAAAAAAGAAAAGCAAAAAUGACGAAAAAAAAUUGGAACAUCAAUUUGAAAGAGAUGGUAAAAGUAGGAGUUCAUUUUGGUCAUGAGACCAAAAAAUGGAAUCCUAAAAUGGCACCCUACAUUUUUAAAGAACGUAAAGAUAAUCAUAUUAUAAAUUUAACUUACACCGCUCGUUUUUUAUCAGAAGCCUGUGAUUUUGUGUUUGAUGGAGCAAAAAGACGAAAACAAUUUAUGAUAGUUGGUACAAAACAUCAAACAGCUAAUGCUGCUAAAUUAGCUGCUUUAGCAACUCGAUGUCAUUAUGUAAAUAAAAAAUGGCUCGCGGGUAUGUUAACUAAUUGGUUUACUACAGAAGCAAGACUUGAAAAAUUCAAAAAUUUAAUGAAAAAAAAAAAUACGGGAGGAUUUGAUGGAUUUACAAAAAAAGAAGUAGCAAUACUCAAGAGAGAAUUGAACAAAUUGCAGGAAGAUCUAGGGGGUAUUAGAUACAUGACAAAAUUGCCCGAUAUUGUAAUAAUUCUCGAUCAAAAAGGAGAAUAUACUGCUAUUCGGGAAUGUAGAACUUUGGGUAUUCCAACAAUUUACUUAGUUGAUACAGACUGUGACCCAGAUCUCGUGGAUAUCCCAAUCCCAGCCAAUGAUGAUGGUAGAGGACCAAUCCGCCUGAUCCUAAAUAAAUUAAUUUUAGCAAUUCACACGGGUAGAGAAUUGUACUAUAAAAAGUGA